UCAAAUUCUUCAACUAAAGAAAAGUCUUUGGAAUCGUCUUAUGCAGUAACUAUCAAAGCUGGAGAAAAAAUGGAUUCUUUGGAAUCACAAGCUUGAGGUAAAAUAGAGAAACAAUGUGUGUGUGUGUGUGCGCGCGUCUCUCCCUCUCUCUCUCUGGCAAGUUUGGAAUACCGAGCAGGUAAGGUCCCUGAUUGAUUUGCUGGGAUUUUGGUUGUGCAAGUUUUCGUGAUAUCCCAAUUUCGCGCUGUUACGGAAAUGGUGGUUGGACUGAUUGUCCACUCUUAAUUACUGAGGUAUGCUGAGUGUUUGAGCAAUUGGGUGCGGUCAAGUAUUGAUUUUUGAGGGCUUGAUGCAUCUAGUUUGGAUGAAGAAAUGGUUGCAGACUCUGUCGUGGUGUCCUGAUCUGUGGGAAGUCUGAGUUUUGCCUGCCUAUUGUUAGUCAACGGUUGGUCCAUCUCUCUGCCUCUCUGCAGUUAUCUUGUCUGUUGAUGGGUGAAGGAGGAGAGGGAAUGGUGAGUGAUGCGAAGAACCCCGCAAAAGAAAGCAGUCCCAAACUGACCCUGUUCCCUCUAAUUGCGCUAAUCUUCUACGAGGUCUCGGGUGGCCCGUUCGGCAUAGAGGACUCCGUCCGGGCAGGAGGCGGCCCUCUCUUGGCCCUGCUCGGUUUUCUCAUCUUCCCCUUGUUCUGGUGCAUCCCUGAGGCUCUGAUAACAGCUGAACUCUCCACGACUUUCCCCGAUAAUGGAGGAUAUGUCCUGUGGAUAUCUUCAGCCUUUGGGCCUUUCUGGGGCUUCCAGGAGGGACUCUGGAAGUGGCUAAGUGGAGUCAUCGAUAAUGCCCUCUACCCCGUUUUAUUCCUCGAUUACUUGAAGCAUUCAUUCCCGAUAUUUAACCUCCUAGCGGCUCGAAUCCCGGCUCUUUUGGGCAUCACAGCCUCACUUACUUUCUUGAACUACCGGGGCCUGCACAUUGUCGGGUUUUCUGCAGUUUCCCUGGCGGUCUUCUCACUUGCGCCAUUCCUCGUGAUGGGAAUCCUCGCAAUUCCUCGGAUUAGGCCCCAAAAAUGGUUCCUAGUAGAUUUUAAGAGGGUUGAUUGGAGGGGAUAUUUCAAUAGCAUGUUUUGGAAUUUGAACUACUGGGACAAGGCGAGUACAUUAGCAGGGGAGGUCGAGAACCCAAGCAAGACAUUUCCGAAGGCCUUGUUUGGUGCAGUGGUGCUGGUGGUAGGCUCGUACUUGGUCCCGCUCCUAGCAGGCACAGGAACCCUGGAUUCACCAUCCGAGGAGUGGAGUGAUGGAUACUUUGCAGAGGUUGGCUUCUUGAUUGGAGGGUUGUGGCUUAAAUGGUGGAUCCAAGUGGCUGCUGCCUCAUCGAACAUGGGACUAUUUGAGGCUGAGAUGAGUGGGGAUGCGUUCCAACUGCUCGGGAUGAGCGAAAUGGGAAUGCUUCCUAGCAUUUUCUCCUCAAGGUCAAAGUAUGGAACCCCAACAAUAAGCAUACUGUGCUCCGCAACCGGAGUUAUCUGCCUCUCAUGGAUGACUUUUCAGGAGAUUAUCGAGUUCCUCAACUUCCUCUACUCCAUAGGAAUGAUUCUCGAGUUCGCAGCGUUCGUAAGGCUCCGAGUGAAGAAACCCGACCUUCACAGACCAUACAGAGUCCCCGUAGGGACGAUCGGGGCAACAGCUCUCUGCCUCCCUCCAACGUUGCUCCUUGUGCUUGUCAUGUGUUUGGCUUCUGCAAAGACAUUCGUAGUGAGCGGAGUGGUCAUUGUUGUUGGUUUGGUUCUCUAUCCGAUUAUAGUCCAUGCAAAAGAGAGGAAAUGGGUCAGAUUUGAGACCGAACCCGUGCUGCCAUCACAUAUUGGGGGUCCAACAGGUCAGUCCGAUGGGUCGAAAGUAGGAAAGGAAGUGGUGGAUGAGGCCGCCAUCGGGCUUCUCUCAGACUCGCCUCAAUCUGAGUUGGGACAACAAAUGUCGGAUAUUUCAUCAGAAAUCUUGAAGUUGGAGUAGGAGGUGAGGGGCCUAGUUGUUCUUAUGUCUGAACACAGAGACGACUUAAGUCGUACAUUGUCUGUUUGUAGAGAAUGAUCUUGUUUUUGUCAGAUGGUCAAUUGGAUGCAGUAUGUAAAAUCAAUUCCCCCAUAAAUGAUCCUAUGACUGAUAGAAAGAUGAAUUUUAAUCUUUUUUUUUUUUUGGAAGCAAUUGAAUAAAAUGGGGGGAAAUACUCUUUGAUCAUA